AGUUUUCAAAAUGUGGGGUGACGAUGAAGGUGGGUUUAAUGUCACAAUGACGCAAAGUCCAACAACAGCAUCUGGAGUUGAACCAAAACAAAAUACUGUAAUCUCUGUAGCUAUUCGUGAAUUGUUUGAUAGUAACGAGGAAAACAAAAAUACACAUGUUGUAGUUGUUGGAAUUAUCAAGCAGGUAAAACCACUAUUUAUUUUAAUAAAUAUAUUUACUGGUCGUUUGUUGUGCAUUCAAUGGGGAGACGAGAACGAAUUGUCAAGAUAUCCAAAGUUGAUUGAAAACGCUUAUUUUAAAGUAGUUGGUAGUAAGAGAAUGCAAAAUGACAAAGUUACUUUGCUUUGUCAUAGUGUCAGACCUUUAGAAACUCUAAAUGAAUUAACACAUCAUUUAUUAAGCAUUAUUGCGUUACCAUAUAUAACCGAGGAAAUCAAUGUGGCUAGCGGUACACAACAAUCUACUGCAACAAACCAAAAAGACUUUUUAAUGAGUGGUGAUAAUACUAAUGGAUUUAUGGAUACAACUAACAAUUUAUCGCUGAAUCCGAGGCAAUUAAAAGUUUAUACAGUAAUAAAGAGGUGCCAGGAUGAGGCAGGUUAUUCAGCAUUAGAUAUACAAAAGAUACUUCCAGAGAAAAUGCCAUUAUCAGAAAUAGAAAAAAUUCUUUCAUUUUUCAUCGAAGAGGGACAUAUUUUCUCAACCAUUGAUGAGAAUCAUUACAAAGUCACUGAUUUCGGAAGUUAACUGUUCAGUUUUAAGGUUUAUUUAAAAAAAAUUGGAAACUGGAAUAAGUUAUUAUUUAAGCACAAUAAUUUUAAUGUACAAUGUCACUAAUACAGUAAAGUUUUAUUACUAAAAAUAAUCAAUACAUUUUUAUUUUUAUAAUAAUAAAGAUAAUAAACCAUAACAAGUUAUAAUAAAA